AUGGCAGAUACCUCGGCCCAAUUACCCCAAGCUUCGGCGGGUACGCCGUCAGGAACGACACGACGCCGACGGACGAUGGUGGAGGUACAGAUAACGAACCAUGCAAAUGGAAAUGGACAUGCGAAAGGAGAUUCCACUUCGAAGAGCUAUGUGACAAAAUCAGACCGAAAACGCCCCCUCCUCCGCCGCCUCAAAAAACGCGCCAUCAAACACACCUGGCUAAGCCCACUCAUCCUCCUCCUCGCAAUCCUCUCCCUCUACGCCAUCAACCCGACCGAAUCAAAUUUCCUGCAUCGAUUCAUCUUUCUCUCCUACGCAUAUCCGUCCACCCCCAAUGGCGACGCCCAACAUCACGAAAUCCAAGUUCUCUACGGAAAAGGAAAAUGGGACCUCGCCUUUGUAACCUUCUACACAACCCUCCUCACAUUCACGCGCGAAUUCAUAAUGCAAGAACUCCUCGCCCCCUUCGCGAAAUCGCGCUUCGCGGCAAUCCCGAAGACAAAACAGCUCCGCUGCAUGGAACAGAUGUACACGGCGCUGUACUUUGCCUUCGCCGGUCCGGCGGGGUUAUAUGUUAUGCGGCAAACGAGUGUUUGGUAUUUUCGCACUGCGGGCAUGUACGAGGAAUUCCCGCAUAAACUCCUACCGGGUGUCGAGAAGUUUUAUUAUCUUUUCGAGGCGGCGUAUUGGGCUCAGCAGGCGCUUGUUAUGAUACUUGGGCUUGAGAAGCCGAGGAAGGAUUUUAGGGAACUGGUGUUGCAUCAUAUUGUUACGCUGGCGCUUGUGGGGUUGAGUUAUUGGUUUCAUUUUACCAGGAUCGGGGUGGCGGUUUAUCUUACGCAUGAUAUUAGUGAUUUUUUUCUGGCUGUCUCAAAAACAUUCCACUACCUCAAUUCCGACUGGAUUAUCCCAUUCUAUGCAUCUAGCGUGGUAUCGUGGAUUUACCUGCGGCAUUAUCUCAAUCUCCAUAUCCUCUUCUCGGUCCUGACGGAGUUUAGGACGAUCGGGCCUUAUGAGCUGAAUUGGGAGACGGAGCAGUAUAAGUGUUGGAUUUCGAAUGUUAUUACCUUUAUCCUUCUGGCGAUGUUGCAGGCGUUGAAUCUUUUUUGGCUGUACUGCCUCCUACGCAGUGCGUGGAAAUUUGUUGUUUAUGGGGUUAGGAAGGAUGAUCGGUCCGAGGAUGAGGAGGAGGAUGGGGAGGGGAAAGAGUUAUUUCCC